AUGACAAAUACCAAAGAGCUCGACGUGGCGCCUACGGCCGUCGUCGUCACCACGGCCACGUUGGAAGGGAAAAUAAAGUUUGGACCCGGCUGUAUCGUCCACCCCACCGCCACGAUUCGCGCGACGGCCGGCCCAAUCGAAUUCGGCCCCGACAACAUCAUUGAGGAGCUGAGCGUCAUCGAGAAUUUGUCAGCAGAAACGAUGCGCAUCGGCUCGCAGAAUCUCUUCGAAAUUGGCUGCGUGGUCCACGCCCGUUCGAUCGGCAACAACAACGCGUUCGGGAUCAAGUCGACCGUCGGUGAGGGCGUCAUUGUGACCGAUGGAUGCUCCCUUGGCCCAAAAUGCAACGCAGGAGGCCAGCGAACGCUCGAGCCCCGCCUCUGCAUCUACGGCGGCAAAAACGAAGAGCACGUCGCCUUCGACGCUCCACCGCGCAACGCCAGCCAAGCCGAACACCUGCUGAUGGUCCUCCCGCGAUACCACAAGACCGUCAAGCCGAAAACA